GAUUUUAACAAAUGGGAUGCACGUAGCUGUCAAGGUUUUUCGUUUGGAACAUGAAGGUUCACAUAGGAGUUUCGACAGCGAAUGUGAGGUUUUACGCAACAUUCGUCACAGAAAUCUCACAAAGGUCCUUGGCAGUUGCUCCAACUUGGAUUUUAAAGCAUUGGUGCUACAGUACAUGCCCAACGGGUGUUUACACAAGUGGUUAUAUUCUCACAAUUAUUACUUGAAUAUGAUACAAAGAGUGAGUAUAAUGAUUGAUGUGGCUUCGGCCUUGGAAUAUCUUCACAAUGGUUACUCCAAGCCUAUUAUCCAUUGCGACUUGAAACCCAACAAUGUCUUAAUAGAUGCUGAUAUGGUGGGACAUCUGAGUGAUUUUGGUGUUGCAAAGCUCUUAGAAGAUGGGAAUUCUAUUGACAUUACAAACACCCUAGCAACACUUGGUUACAUUGCUCCAGAGUAUGGACAAGAAGGACUUGUGUCCACGCGUAGUGAUAUGUACAGUUAUGGUAUCAUGAUGCUUGAAGUUUUCACAAGGAUUCAACCUGCAGAUGAAAUGUUCAACGAAGAUUUAAGUCUAAGAAGUUGGGUGCACAAUGCAUUUCCUACAAAUAUAAGUCAGAUUAUAGACCCAAACUUACUUAAACCGGAUGAAGAAAGGUACGAUGAAAAAUUGCAAUGUGCAUUGGCUAUCUUUGAGGUAGGCUUGAAAUGCUCAGCAGAAUCCCCUCGAGAGAGGAUGGCCAUCAAUGAUGUGUUACCAGCAUUGGAAAAGAUCAAAGUUAAACUUGUUUCGCUGUAUGCGAGAACUUGAAGUAGUAUGCAUAGCAUAUCAUAUUGUAUACCUAUUUCUUUAAAAUGCAAAUAAAAUGUGACAGUUGCUAUUGUAGCUUUCUGCAUAUUUAUACACCUAAUUUUAUUUGCCUCUUA